AUCAACAGCUGCUCAGGCAAUCCGGCUCUCUCCUCUGAAGCACAAUGCUGCUGUCAAAGCUCAGUCUGGUGGCCUUGUUAAUGACUGCAUGUUCUGUGCACACUGAUGCAAAGAACGGCAUUGCCUGCGAGCACAGUCCAGUCAGCCUGACCUGCGAAACUGGACAGAUCAUGGUUCACGCUGCUAACUACGGCCGUACAGACGGAACAACUUGCCCAGGACCUAUUCAGACCACCAACUGUGCUGCCUCCAACAGCCUCUCCAUCAUGGAGAACAGGUGUGAUGGAAAGACCAACUGUUCGGUGCGGGCCUCCAACAGUAUCUUCACUGACCCAUGCAUCGGCACCUUCAAGUACUUGAACGUCUCCUACAGCUGCGUCAAUGCCAUCGACUCUCACGUGACCUGCAUGGAGAGCACCAUGUCCAUCGUGAUCGAGCGCUCUGCCGCCAUCGGGCUCCACGAGGACCACCUGCGCCUCAACGACCCGCUCUGCACUCUCUACUCCAACGGCACACACGUGCUCGCCAACACGUCCCUCAGCACCUGCGGCACACAGAUGACGGAUGACGGUGAGAACCUGGUCUUCAGUAACGAGGUGGUGUCCUUUGACGACGUGACGGACGUGAUCACCAGAAGACACGACGUGGAGAUCCAGUUCUCCUGUAAGUACCCGAAGCGCAGCAACGUGACGGCCCAGUUCGACGCCCACCGGCCGCCCCUCACCUUCGUGCAGCGCGGCUUCGGAACGUUCACCUACCACUUCGAGUUCUUCCGCUCCGGCGCCUUCGGCCAGAUGCACGACCCCGACUCCUACCCGCUGGAGUUCGACCUGGGAGACAUGAUGUUCAUGCAGAUCGAGUCCAUCUCCUCCAUCCCCAACACCGAGCUGUUCGCAGAGUCCUGCACCGCCGCUCCCAGUGACAACCCCCAGGAGGCGCUGUCCUACCCCAUCAUCCAGAAUGGGUGUGAGGUGGACGACACGGUGCAGUUCUACUCGGGUCACCAGUCAAAGGUCCAGUUUGGGAUGAAGGCUUUUAAGUUCAUUGGACUAUAUGACCAUGUGUUUAUCACCUGCUCAGUGAUCCUCUGUGCGGCGGGCGUACCUGGCAGCAGGUGUUCCCAGGGCUGCACUAACGGCUCGGCCUCAGGCCACCAGAUCAGCAAGAGGGACGUCUCCGUCCAGACCGCCAGCCACUUCAUCUCCCAGGGUCCCCUGCGCCUCAAACGGGCCCUCGGCAACACGGACAGCAGAGCCAACACAGGAGUGGCCAACAACAGCCUGAGUCUGAACCUUGUGUUUGUUAUUGGUGGUCUCCUGGCAGCCGUCGCCAUGGUGUGUGGAGUCCUGAUCUACAGGACCAAGAGCCCCAACAUCAGAUACGAGAAACUGCCCUCCACGGACAUCUGACAUCUCUCUCUGCUGAGAGCUGAAUAGUCAAUGGGUGAUUUCCUCUCUUUCUGCUGAGUUGAAUAAUCAAUGGGUGAUUUCCCCGCUUUCUGCUGUGUGCCUUGAACCUUCCUCUAUGAAGUGAUUGUAUGAUCAUUGUGACAGUAUAUAAUUAAGUGAGGUGUAUAAUAAUAAUAAUGAUAAUAAUAAUAAUGGAUUUUAUUUGAAAGCGCCUUUCUUGACACUCAAGGACUCCGUACAGACAUACACAUACACAUUCAAAAGAAAUAAUGAAAAUAAAAACAAUGAAAUUGACAAGAUGGCCAAUAAAACAAUAAAGAUGACAGAGCGAUUUAUUUGGCGUCAGAUGGAAUGAGCCGUUUUAAUAAACGGGUGUGUUUUGAGUUGUGAUUUGAGGUGCGGGGAGGAGUCAGCGUUUCAGAUUGAUUUGCUGUUGAUUGUAGCUGGAACUGAAGCACUGCUAUGAAAAUGUGUGUGUGUGUGUGUGUGUGUGUGUGUGUAAGAACUCUGCUUUGUUUUGAUGAUUGCGUUAUGGGUUUUCUCUGAGUCGUGAGAGCUGGAUCAGUGUUCUAUAUGAGAUCUAUAUGAGCUGAUGUACAUGAGUCCCAGAGCUACUGUACUACACACACACA